AUGGCGAUGGAGGAUGAAAAAGCCCGCGGAGGAACCCCGAUAAGCAACGGCAAUUCUCCUAAUAAGCAACAAACUCCACCGUCAAUUUUGGGAGCUAAAGAUCGCAUUGUAUCUGUUGCCUCCAAUUUCGCUUCUCAACCUCUUCACAAUUCCGAUCCCAACGUUUGGGGUGUUCUCACUGCCAUCUCCAACAAUGCCCGUAAAAGGCAUCAGGGAAUCAAUAUCUUAUUAACUGCUGAUGAGCACUGCUUUGGACGGAUGGUAGAAAAUGUGCGUUUCCAGAUUGAUUCAAAUAAUGUUAGUGCAAAUCAUUGCAGAAUAUACAGGACCAAGGUUACUAAUGAAAAUAUGGAGAAUACCACUUCAAUAUUCUUGAAAGAUACGAGCACAAAUGGUACUUACCUUAACUGGGAGAAGUUGAAAAAGAAUAGUGCUGCUGUCAAAGUCUGCCAUGGUGAUAUUAUAUCACUUGCUGCUCCUCCUCAGAAUGAAGUUGCAUUUGCUUUUGUAUAUCGAGAGGUGCAUCUUUCAAAUCCAGUGCCAGACAAUGCAGUUGCUAAACGAAAAGCAGAGGAUUUUGUGUCUGAAAACAAGAGAUUGAAAGGUUUGGGCAUUGGUGCUCCUGAGGGUCCUAUAUCUCUUGAUGAUUUUCGAAGCCUUCAAAGAUCUAACUCGGAAUUGAGAAAGCAAUUGGAGAGUCAGGUGGUUAUAAUUGAUACAUUGCGGAGCGACAACCGCGCAGCUGUAGAGCAUCAUGAAAGUGAAUUGAAAUCUGCCAAAGAAUCUGUCACAAAAUGUUUCCUUGAUCAAAUAGAAGGUUUACAGCAAACUGUGGAUCUCAAACAAAAGGAACUAGGAGAUGUCAACAAGGCGUUCGCGGAACAAAAACAUGCUCUUGAAGACCUUAAUGAAAGACUUAGUUCUUCUAUGCAGUCAUGUGCUGAAUCAAAUGAACUUAUAAGUAGUCAAAAGGCAAAUAUAGUUGAGCUUAAAGAACAAUUAGAUGAAGAGCGGAUUCAGAGAAAAGAAGAACGUGAAAAGGCUGCAGCUGAUCUAAAAGCAGCUGUUCAUAGAGCGCAGUCUGAGGCUCAAGAGGAAAUAAAACGGCUCUCAGAUGCUGCCUUAAGAAGAGAAAGUGAACUGCAAGAAGCAAUAAAUAAGCUAAAGGAGUCGGAGAGAGAAAUGUGCUCGCUGGUUGAAACCUUGAGGUCCAAGCUGGAGGAUACUAGGGAAAAGUUGGUUUUCUCUGAUAAUAAGGUUCGCCAGUUGGAAACCCAAUUACAUCAAGAGAAACAGACCACUGAAAAUGGAAUGAAGAGAAUAGAAGAACUUGAACAAGAAACAAGAAGAUUAAGGAAAGAGCUUGAGAGUGAAAAGCAGGCAGCUCGUGAAGAAGCAUGGGCUAAAGUUUCAGUUCUUGAGCUUGAAAUAAAUGCUACAAUGCGAGAUCUUGAUUUUGAGAGGCGGAGGUUAAAAGGUGCCAGGGAAAGACUCAUGCUUCGGGAAACACAGCUGCGUUCAUUUUAUUCCACUACCGAGGAGAUACAAUCAUUGUUUGCUAAACAACAAGAACAAUUGAAGGCCAUGCAGAGAACUCUAGAAGAUGAUGAGAAUUACGAUAAUAAUUCUGUAGAUAUGGACGGAGUCGAAUGUGGAGCAUCAGGAAGGGAAAAAGAAGGCGCCAUAUACCGCAACAACAGUGCUGCCAAAGCAGGAUCUACUACUUCUGCUCAGAAGCUUAACAGAGAUCAAAUUGAAACAUCGAGCAACGAAGCAAGUGUCACUGAGAAGCAUGACUGUGACAUAAGAAGUGAAGGAUGCCAAAAUACACAAGAGGCAUGCCAACACACACAAGAGGCAGAAUUCACCAGUGCUGAUCAUGACCACAGUGUUAGAGGCGGCUUUGGUUCUCAUAUUGACGGUGGUGGCACAACAGCUAUAAUGGAAGAAGAUUGUGUAGGCACUGAACGAGUUCUGGAACAUGAAAGUCCAUCAAAUAAUGACGAACGGAAUAUUGAUUUGAACAUUGCUCAUUUAGAAGGCGACACUAUGAAGAUUGACGAUGAUAUGGAAACAGAGAAGCAUGAUCAAAUACCUUGUCGUGAAGUUUCACAACACUCGCAAUCAAAUAAUCUUGUAGAUACUCAAAAGACUAUUGAGGGUACAGAAGCUGGAUGCCUCCUAAUCAGAACCGAAGACCUUAUAACUUCUGAAGUCCCUGGUAGCUGGGCUUGCACUCCCGCACCUUCUGCACAUGGGGAAAAUGAUUCUUCAAGAAGCAGAGACAAUAAUGAAGGUUCAGGAGCAUUGCUUGAUUCAAAUAUCGUGGUGGCUGAGAGUCCAAACAGUCCCUCUGAUGCUGCUGAUGCCAGGAAGAACGAACGCCGAGCACUAAGUGAGAUGAUUGGCAUUGUUGCUCCUGAUUUGAAAGAGCAAUUUGAAGUUGCUGCUUAUGACUGUGGUCGAGAGGGAGAAGGCCACGGUGGUUCAUCUGAUUCGGAUACUGAGAGCUGUAGUGACACUGGUGAUGAUGUUAUAGUCAACGCAAAGCGUGAAUCAAUAUCUGAUGAAGAAACUCAGGCUGCUGAGCCUGUCGAGGAGGAGGAUCAAAAGCAGGAUGAUUCUAUGGAUGAGGAUGAUGAAGCCACUCAAGAAGAUUGA